AUGGUCCAUCUCGCCAAAGUCAAGAAGGACAAUGAGGUCCCAUCCUCUACUCAUGACAUUUUCUCCAUUUCUCCCCCGGACAGAAACGACCUCGACACCAAUGUCUACGGCAGUCACUUUGCCGCCGACCAUAUGCCUAUGCAUGAAAUGCCAGAGCGAGAGAUGCCCCGCCAAGUUGCUGCUCGAAUGAUCAAGGAUGAGCUGAGUCUGGACGGCAAUCCCAAGCUCAACCUCGCCAGUUUCGUCACCACCUAUAUGGAAGACGAGAUCGAGCAGAUUAUGAGCGAAUCUUUCAGCAAAAACUUCAUUGAUUACGAGGAAUAUCCCCACUCCGCCGAGAUCCAGAACCGAUGCGUGAAUAUGAUUGCUAGACUCUUUAACAUUCCCACUGAUCCCUCCGGUGAGAAUGCCAUGGGCACUUCAACCAUUGGGUCUUCCGAGGCUAUUAUGCUGGGAACACUGGCUAUGAAGAAGCGAUGGCAGAACAAGCGCAAGGCCGAGGGCAAGGACUACUCCCGCCCCAACAUUAUUAUGAACAGUGCUGUCCAGGUCUGCUGGGAAAAGGCUGCUCGUUACUUCGAGAUUGAGGAGAGGUACAUCUACUGCACCGACACUCGCUUCGUGAUCGACCCCAAAGAGGCAGUCGAUUUGGUGGAUGAGAACACAAUCGGUAUCUGCGCUAUCUUAGGUACCACCUACACCGGUGAAUACGAGGAUGUCAAGGCGAUCAACGAUCUGUUAGUGGAGCGUAACCUCGACUGCCCAAUCCACGUUGAUGCAGCUAGUGGUGGCUUUGUCGCUCCAUUCAUCCAGCCUGAUCUUAAGUGGGACUUCCGCCUGGAAAAGGUGGUUUCUAUCAACGUCUCCGGUCACAAGUAUGGUCUGGUCUACCCCGGUGUCGGAUGGGUCAUCUGGCGCUCUCCGGAGUACCUGCCCCAGGAAUUGGUAUUCAACAUUAAUUACCUAGGAGCCGACCAGGCCAGCUUUACUCUGAACUUCUCCAAGGGUGCUUCUCAUGUUAUUGGGCAGUACUACCAGCUGAUCCGCCUGGGUAAGCACGGUUACCGUGCAAUUAUGACCAACAUUACUCGCAUCAGCGACUACAUGGCUUCGGAGUUUAAGAAGAUGGGCAUGGUCAUCUUGAGCCAGACGCAGGGUCGGGGCCUGCCGCUGGUGGCCUGGCGCCUUCCAACAGACGACAGUCGUGUCUACGAUGAAUUCGCUGUGGCCCACCAGCUACGCGAGCGGGGCUGGAUUGUACCUGCAUACACCAUGGCGCCCAACAGCGAGAAGCUGAAGAUGAUGCGCAUUGUCAUCCGCGAAGACUUCAGCAUGAACCGAUGCGACAGCUUGCUCCAGGACUUCAAACUUGCUAUAGAGACUUUGGAUGUUAUGGACAAAUCCAUGUUUGACAAGUACAGGUCGCAUUUCCUGAGCCACCGCAAGCACCCUCAGCACCAGUCGCGUGUCCACGCUCACUACAUAGGCGAGGAACACUCGCUGCAGGGCAAGACUGGAAAGACACAUGGCCGCAUCUCGAUUGACCCGAAGAGGAAUGACCCUCCAACCCGAGACCUUCCACUGUCCACUUCUACCCCGGCUCACCUUCCACCAGCCAAGGCGAUGAAGCUUCACCCAUCCAAAUCAGGUGAUGAGAACGCAGCCGUAUUCUUUGUUGGAACGGCCACAACAAUCAUGUCUGUUCAGUUCUACAAAUUUAUCAGCGUGGACCACUUUGAUAAAAAGGUCGAGGGUUCAUUGAGGCGUGAUCUACCCAUUAUCACGACACAACAUGCGAAGGAGCAUCUCACUUCACAAAAAAAUGACUCUUUUACAUCUGUGUCCGCGCUCGAUCCGUUUGAGCAGGUUGAGGUGAAUAUUGAAGGCACAGCAGAGUCACAACAGCCCCGACUGCGUGUGACGGGGAUGCCGGGGAAGCACGUGCCUCCUAACCGAGUGGUAGAGAAGCUCAACAAGCUAGCCAAAGCGGUGGGUGGAAUCCCGCCAACCAACGGCUGGAUGCUCGAGCUAGGCUACGGCAGACCAAAUACUACAGACUUCUCCUGCGGUUAUCGCAUCUACAUCUCGGGAGACACUCUGUUGGUAGACGAGCUGCAAGAAAUCCCUAAGCGAUACGCAGGUCAGCGAAUCGACCUGAUGCUUGCCCACCUCGGCGGCACAACCAUUCCUUCCCCAUUAGUAGGAAGACUAAUGGAACCACUAGCGUUGAUGGUCACCAUGGACGCGGAGCAGGGUCUGCAAUUGAUUCAGCUGAUUCGACCAGACGUUACAAUCCCGAUCCACUAUGAUGACUACGACGUGUUUGCGAGUCCGCUAGAAGAUUUCAGGCGGAUCGUCGAGGCGGCGGGGUUAGUGGACAAGGUUGUAUUUUUGGAUCGUAGGGAGCAGUAUCGCUUUCGAGUUAUUAAGUAG